CCUGUUCAGUGAACAUUCAGAAAGGAAGACCUGCACUGAAAGAGGUGGUGCGCCCAUGAGGGGUCAACAUCGCCCCUGAUUAGGAUAGUGCAACUGCAGAACGCUCAAAGUGCUUCUGUGGAGGUUGACAGCAGCAUCAGUCGGUUGCUGACAAGAGCGCGCGCACCAUGAACAGCCGCGCUGCAAGUGCGGGCCUUUUAUGGACUCAUAACUCCGCUUCCCUCCAGCUGAAAGGUUCCUGUUUGCGACUGAUCCCUCCUGAAGGCAGCUUGCAUGUUGCCCGUCUGCUUGGUGGCGGUGGAAGGGUGGUGCGGUGGAUAGCGGGAAGCGUCGGGGAGUCCUCGCUGAAGAAUGCAGCGAAAGGCCGCACGCGUGGUUCUGGGCGAAGUGGGAAAGGUGGUACAGUGCCAACUUUAUCACGGAGGAACAGUGAUUCAAGCCUGGGGCCGGCGCAUGGUACAGACUUGAAUGGCGCCUCCGAACUGGAUGUACAUGGAACUCGACGAAACGGAGAGGAGGGGGAAGCGCAACCGGUCCUGUCCGAAGUGAAAGGGGAACCAAAGCACGCCCAGAGGUCAGCAGCUGCUGCACGGACAAAAGCAGGCCCAAGGUUGAUGACGGCAGAGUCUGCGACAACCGAUAGAAGCUCAAGAGCUUCGAGCGAAGGCUCAACAAACUCGAGGUUGAGGACAGUAGAGGCCUCCAUUCCGGACAGCAAAGCGCCGGUGUGCAUUCAGUGCCAGCGCGCAAAGCUGCCUUGCGACUAUCAAAAGAUUAAGUCCUCUUCUGACAAGCGAGCGGAUACGUGCCGGGCGUGCCUCGCAGUGAUCAAAGCCCGGCGGCUCAACCAAGACAUGGGACAUCUGAAACUAGACGUGGAUGAGGCGUGGGCCAGAGCCAAAGCCUGCACCAAGUGCCACCAUAAAAAGGAGCUCCGCGACUUCUCCGUCAACAAGCGCCGGGGCGACCAAGUCGACUACAUCUGCCGAAGCUGCCGGAGCGUCUCCGCCAAAACGCUGGAGCCCCACGUGCCGACCGACGCGCCACAGCGCUGCUUAAAGUGCCAAGAACUGAAACCUGCGUCCGAGUACAACAGGAACAUCCGGCACUCGACCGGUCUCUACGCAUCCUGCAAAGAGUGCCUCAAGGAGAUGGCGCGGGAACGACAACAUCGGCUCGAGGCCACUGGCGUUUAUACCCCGCGGGAGAGCAAGUUCUGUUGGCGGUGCGAGGUGCAGAAGCCCAUCUCGCUGUUUUACAAGAAGAGGGGCGCGUACGACGGGCUGACGAGCGAGUGCAAGGCGUGCAUUUCGGCGGAGAAGAAGCGGAAAUAUCGGGCGAAGAAAAUGGGGGCGAAUUUAAUACGAAUUCGGAAGGAGGAAGCCAUUGAAGACGAGGAUCGGGGAUCCGAAAGAAAAGAGGAGGCUGCGGGGAAACAACCAUGAGUGUGUUCAAGAGGCGAGGCACAGAGGGCUAAGGGAACAAACUUAAGGUUGUUGCUGACGGCAACAGAAGGGGCUCUACUCUCUGGUAUCGACCAGGAUGCGCAGCCACGACUUCCCGCGAAUCAAUCUUCACUCUACGAGGGAGGGAUUGCUGGACCGUCCGGACAGGCGAAGAGUCUGGCCACCCGGGGAGCUGCAAGGUUUCCAUAUCCUUAUGGUAAAGAUAGUAAGGUGGUCAAGUUAAUACCCUAAGACACUUGCUGGCCUACAAUGGUGCUGACCUCGGACUGACUGGAGCAACCGCGGCAGGGCUUUUACGAGCAUGAUUUGGGACAGAUGUCUGUGAAAGGAUAGUCAAUUAGAUCCUCGGAACUGUCACUGGAAUUUUCUGAGCUUUAUUGAUUGGUCU